AUGUACGCUAGGGUGUCCUUGGAUGCAGGAUGGAGAAAGCUGUUGAGACGCUCUUACCGGAAUCCUGGGACCCACCUCCGGAUCCGAAGCCUCAUGGCCCGACAGUGCCUGGCAGAGCGUCUGUGGGUAUUUGUGCUAUCAAAGCUCGCCAUGCAAGGUUCUGUGGCCCAGGCUGUCACCAGCGAAGAAAACAAGCGACUCUUCACAAUGUUUCUGGCCAGCUCUCUGGCUGUUACAGUAGCUAUCUACAUGGCAGGCGAUGUCUCAGAAGCCCACCUAAACCCAGCCUUCUCUCGGGCCAUGUGCUUGGUGGACGCCUCCCCUGUGCCACGCCCCCUCUCCUGUGCCACGCCCCCUCUCCUGGGCCACGCCCCCUCUCCUGGGCCACGCUCCCCUCCCCGGCCGCGCCCCCUCUCCUGGGCCACGCCCCCUCUCCUGGGCCACGCCCCCUCUCCUGGGCCACGCUCCCCUCCCCGGCCACGCCCCCUCCCCGGCCACGCUCCCCUCUCCUGGGCCACGCUCCCCUCCCCGGCCACGCCCCCUCCCCGGGCCACGCUCCCCUCUCCUGGGCCACGCUCCCCUCUCCUGGGCCACACCCCCUCUCCUGGGCCACGCUCCCCUCUCCUGGGCCACGCUCCCCUCCCCGGCCACGCUCCCCUCUCCUGGGCCACGCUCCCCUCUCCUGGGCCACGCUCCCCUCCCCGGCCACGCUCCCCUCUCCUGGGCCACGCUCCCCUCUCCUGGGCCACGCUCCCCUCUCCUCGGCCACGCUCCCCUCUCCUGGGCCACGCUCCCCUCCUCGGCCACGCUCCCCUCUCCUCGGCCACGCUCCCCUCUCCUGGGCCACGCUCCCCUCCCCGGCCACGCCCCCUCCCCGGCCACGCUCCCCCAUUUGUUGCUCCUGUGCCUCAGGAGCUCCCAGCAUUCUCUACUGUGGUAGCAGAGGGGACAGGACUGGGGCAGCUGUUGUGGGCAGGGGUGCCUUGCAGUGACGCCCUCCAGCACUACACAGGUGGGAACAAAGAGACAGCCUCCAUUUUUGCCGCCUACCCUUCCCCCUUUCUGCCCCUGAUCAGUGGCUUCUUGGAUCAGAUUUUGGGUGGAAUGCUGACUGUGGGGCUGUUAGCGAUCCUAGACAGACGGAAUAAAGGAGUGCCUGCAGGUCUGCAGUCUGUGGUGGUGGGACUGCUGAUCCUUGCCAUCCGACUAUCCAUGGAUGCUAACUGUGGCUUUCCGCUCAACCCUGCCGGGGACCUGGGCCCACGGCUCUCCACCUACUUUGCUGGCUGGGGCCCUGAGGUCUUCGGGUAGGAGACAGGCUGGUUUGGCUGGUGGUGGGUACCUGUGGUGGCCCCUAUGGUGGGGUCCACCCUCGGCACAGCCACACACCAGCUCCUGGUGGCUCUGCACCACCCUGAGGAACCAGAGCCAGUUCCAAAGGUGGUAGCUGUUCAGCAUGAGGCUUCAGACUUGGGAACUCCAGCUCAGCUGGAAUGUAAGCUGUGA